UGGCCAAUCCGCGUUGAGGGUGCAUGUGCGUCUGAGGACCGGAGGACACACGGAGGAACUCACAGUGGAAGCAAUGAAUUCCCUGGAACAGGCUGAAGACCUGAAGGCCUUCGAGAGGAGGCUAACGGAGUACGUUUCCUGCCUUCAGCCCGCUACGGGCCGCUGGAGAAUGAUUCUGAUCGUGGUGUCGGUCUGCACGGCCACGGGUGCCUGGAACUGGCUCAUUGACCCCGACACACAGAAGGUGUCGUUCUUCUCGUCACUGUGGAACCACCCAUUCUUCACCAUCAGCUGCAUCACACUCAUUGGCCUCUUCUUCGCUGGGAUUCACAAACGUGUCGUCGCGCCCUCCAUAAUCGCAGCUCGCUGCCGGACAGUGCUAGCUGAAUACAACAUGUCCUGUGAUGACACUGGGAAACUCAUCCUGAAACCGCGGCCUCACAUCCAAUAGCAGCAGAGUUUCCACUCUGACAGGAGAAUCCCACCAAUCAGCAGCACAGAUGGGCGGGAUUACUGCCCAGAGAGACGGAAGAGAUGUAGCGGACUCUAGGGGCUAUAUGAACUGUUUGCACACAGGAAACAUCUCUAUGGAAACCAGUUGCACUGCUGUCAGAAGAAAUGUCCCUAGGGGAGGAGCUGCUGGGCUGGGCCCUUUAAGCCUGCAUCGGCUUAGGUGUGCGAGUGCGAGUGCGAGGCCUGCACAGGCGUUUUUUUUUUCGGUGUGAGUGUGUGUGUAAGCUUGAGGCCUGUACAGGUGUGUGUGUGUGUGUGUGAGAGUGAGUGCAAGCUUGAGGCCUGCACAGGCGUGUGUGUGUGUGUGUUUUAUGGUGAAUGGUUAUUUUCAGUAUGUAGAACCAGCUUUAAGAUCCCUAUAAUAAAACCCUGAUGUUUGGA